AUGGCUUCUUAUACAUCCUUAGACCCCUCAGCUUACCCCAAUACCGGGCUCCUCGCAUCGAAGCUCUUCGACGUCAGCGGCUUUAAAGCUGUCGUGACGGGUGGUGGAACGGGUAUUGGGUUGAUGAUAACCCAGGCGCUGGUAGCCAACGGAGCGACAGUUUAUAUUUCCGGGCGUCGUAAGGAAGCAUUGGAUACGGUUGUAGAGAAGUAUUCAGGCAAGGGUGGUCCACAUGCUGGAAAGAUUAUUGCGGCGCCAGCGGAUAUUACGGAUAAGGAAGAUAUCAAACGCCUUGCCCUCGAGAUCAAGGAGAAGGAGCCAAACGGUAUUCAUCUCCUUGUUAACAAUGCCGGCGUUGCAAAGGAGAAGGAAACCACUUCAUAUAAGACUGGAGAGCCAGACUUCUCCAAUGCCGACUCCAUCACCGAGCAUCUGUGGAAAGCAACCCCGGAGUCAUGGGCAGAAACCUUCGAGACAAAUCUGACGGCCCAAUUCUUCUGCUCGGUUGCAUUCCUACCACUCUUGUCAAAAGGAACUGCAAACACAUUAGGUUACUCAGCAUCCAUCAUCAACAUCACCUCCAUCUCCGGUGUUCUUAAAGGAAGCAGCUCGGGACAGUUCGCAUAUGCCACUUCUAAAGCCGGAUUUAUCCACCUGACACGGAUGCUGGGAACCACAUUCGCCGAGUGCAAGGUUCGUGUCAACUCCAUCGCACCCGGCAUCUUCCCAAGUGAGAUGACAGCCGACAGCUCGGACGAGAAUCAAAAGUCGGAGCUUAAGGGCAUGGGAAAAAGUCUUCCUGCUAGUAAGUAA